AAUUAGAGUAAUAAAAAAUUUGGACAAUUUGGAUAGGACAAUAUGAGACAAUAAAAAACAAAGAGUUACAGACAAUCUGGGUACCUCUUUCUGGACAAAAUAAGCCCGAAAAAGGGGCCACGUUAACAGAGGAUUAACCCUUAAGAACAACAGCCUGUUGCAUAUUCAUACACCUUAUACAUUAUGCAUAAAUCCAUUCAAAAAGAGGAUUUUGUCUGGUCAGUGUCAGCUUCUUCCUCUUAAUCCUAACCGUGUCUUCAGGGCUGAGCGAGGCUGGAAGAAGUUAGUUUCUUCUGAUAAUGAAGCAAUAAAUUCAUUUUCUCUGGAAGAUUUAGGUGUUCUGUGGCUGCUAUCUGGUGCAAGUACUUCAUUCCUUUCUUUAAAAAAAUAUCCCACAUUCAUAGUUUCUAUUUUAACAUUAUAACCUAAAACUAUAUUCAACACACUAGUUAACAAAUUUAAUACAACAUAACUUUCUAACAUAACAAAUAGAAUAUUCAUUUUAAUAUUUGCAAAAAGCCAAUCAUAAAAUACGCAUUUUUCACAACCCUUUCCUGGUCCUUUGGUAAGGAACUCGAAAAACCUCUCAGGGAGUUCGGGUUGUUUUCAGUGCUCCCCACAGAGCUCAAAGGGCUCCGGGAAGAGCCGGGCGGUCGCUGCGGCUGCCCUUGACCCCCUUCCUGCGGGGGCACGGGCUGCCUCCGCUCUGCCUCGGUGCCCAGCGCGGCCCGCCGCACUCUGCCCUUCACUGGUUGGUCACUUCUGGCACACGGCCUUAGCGUGCAAGCCAAGGCAGCCGGGAGAAGAAGGAUUAAAAUAAACAUCUGGACGUGGCCCGGGGGUUUCCAGCUCCGGGAAGCCCCCGCUGGAAGGGGUGCGGCCGAUCCCCCGCGCUCCGGGAUUCCCACGCUCAGCUUUAGGUCCGGUUUAUUUAUUUCAAUACGGAGCCUCCGGGGCGGGGCGUGCGCGGCGCGGCCGGAGCAUCGCGCGGCAGCGGCGGCGCUUUCACUUUCGGAAGGGACACGUGAUUUCCAGGAAAACGGGAGGGGCGGAUAAAGGAUCGGGAAGGAGGCGGGUGAGGGCAUUGCCUGGCACGGCACGGCACGGCACGGCACGGCACGGCACGGCACGGCACGGCACGGCACGGCACGGCGGCUCUGCGGACCCGGCACCAUGGCAGCGCCGAAGAAGGAUGGGGAAGCCCAGAAGCUGCGGUUCGGACAGUGGCUGCUGAACGCCAUCAACAGCGGGAGCUACCGGGGGCUGCGCUGGAUCGACUCUGCCCGCACCAUCUUCCGCGUCCCCUGGAAGCACAACGCCAGGAAGGACAUCACCAGCAGUGACCUGGAGGUCUUCAAGGCCUGGGCAAAGAUCAGUGGGCGGUAUGAGGAAGGCUCCGAGGACCCGGCCAAGUGGAAGACCAACUUCCGCUGUGCCCUGAGCAGCACGCACUUAUUCAGGCUGGAACAGGACCAUUCCAAGCGUGGUGAUGACCCCCACAAGGUCUUCUCCGUUGUCUCAGCCACUCUCCAGGACAGCAAGGAGGGAGAUUCCAGCAUUGCCAACCCUGUGGUGGACCAGCAGGCUGCACAACAGGAGCUGCAGCUGGAGCUCCACCCCCAAGACAUGGCCUCAGCCAUCGCUGUCCCAGGAAGCACAGACCCCACAGAGCUGUCGAUUCUGGAGGAGCUGCUGCAGCAGUGUGACAUCUCUCCCCGCAACCUUGGCUCGCUGGCCCCAUCCUGGGUGCCCGCAGGUGACACUCCCCACCAGGACAUCAUACUCCAGCCUCACCAGGACACCGUGCUCCAGCCAAUACAGGACACUGUGCUCCAGCUUCACCAGGACACUGUGCUCCAGCCAAUACAGGACACCCUGCUCCAGCCUUAUGCAGACACCAGCCAAAACAGCUGCUUCCCUCCCACGACAUUUCCACAGUGGGUGCCCACGGUGGAGCAGCCCACCUUGGACACCUACCAACCAACGGGCCUCGUGCCACCAGAGGAGGCAGGGGCCAUGCCCCCGCCGUGCCACCUGAGGGAGGGCACGGUCACCAUGCAGUACACAGCGGAGGCGACGUUGUUCGUGCCCGCCGCCAGCCCCGUGCCACAGCCACGGCUGCUGCUGGAUAACACAGAUGGCAUCGUCUCCAUCCUGGAUGUCACCAUCUACUACCGGGGGAAGGAGUUCCACCGGGAGGUGGUGGGGGGCAGCCACUGCCUGCUGACCUACCAGCCCCCCAGCCUGCCGGGGCCGCCGUGCCCCUGGCACGUGGUGCACUUCCCCAGCCCCGCCAGCCUGGCCGACAGCAAGCAGCGGCGCAUCACCGAGGAGCUGCUGGGCAUUGCGGGGCUGCAGCUGGAGCAACGCGCCUACAAGGUCUUUGCCACCCGCCGGGAGAAGUGCAAGGUGUUCUGGGCCUUGUCCCAGCAGCUCGAGGGGGUCGAGGAGCCCCCACCCAACCUGCUCUGCCGGGACCAGGAAACGCCCAUCUUUGACUUCAAUGAGUUUUGCACGGAGCUGAGGGACUUCCGCAAUGGCCAAAGGCGGCGAUCCCCUGACUUCACCAUCUACCUCUGCUUUGGGCAGGCCUUCUCCAAGGCCAAGCCUAAGGAGUCCAAGCUCAUCCUGGUCAAGCUGGUGCCCAAAUUCUGUGAGUACUACUACGAGCAGGUGCUGCGGGAGGGAGCCUCCUCCCUGGACAGCCACACCAUCAGCCUGCAGCUCUCCAACUCCUUCGACCUCAUGGAGCUCAUCGAGCAGUACACCAUGCAGCUGGGCUGAGCCCUCCUGCCCCGCUCCCCAUGGCCCUGCCACAGGCAGCAGGACCACUGGGCAUCCCAGGCUCUGCAAACCAGCACCCCCCAACCUGAGGACAACUUCAGUGACCAGUCCUGGAGCUCACACAUUGCUUUUCCUCUCUGUCAGCUUCUAAUGUGUGUUUUUGUGGAGUGUGGUAAUUUACAGAUUUAUUUUCUUAAUUUUUCCAUGUUUAAAAAAAAUAAAUGUAUAUAUAUAUAUA